UUCUGCAACAUGGAAGAAACUGAGUGCGAAAGUACAUAUUGUGAAUAUUAUAAGCCAUUGUUGGUGGAAGAAAUUGCACUUGUAGAAUAUCCGGCACACGCUCAUUUUGGAAAGUGUUUGGUGAUUGGAACACUUGCCUGUACGAGCAACAGGCUAGAGUCGUUAAGCGUUCCUGCGUUUCCUACCGAUAUGCAGCUUCCCGAUGGAGCAUGCAGUGUUGAGCUAUGUUUCAUCAAUUUCUUUGGGUUCAUUCCGAGAGGUAAACACGUUGAAAUAACCGGCAUCCUAAAACUGCGCCACACAGAUACUGAACAUGUAACGGAUGCGGCUAACUUGAGGAGCACCUUGCUGUGUUUAGACACCACAGUAAUCAAGGAAGAGUAUGAAGAAACGUGUACUAGGUAUAAACCAUUUAUUGAAGUAGAUCAUAUACGCAUAAUAAGCCAUGCAAGAGAACUUAUUACUUGUAACCUUGAAAUCAGGAAGCUUUAUCUAUUAAGUCAAAACGAGCGCUGAAAACUGCAGAUGUCUGUGAGAAAUUUAAGCUGUACUGUAGGAAAAAUAUAAGUAUUGAUAAACAUGGCUGAAAAUAG